CUAACGGUAGUCGCGAGAAUUAAAGAUAGUUUGGGCGUGUUUGACAGCCGUGGUCCGGCAGCCAUCACUGUUGUGGGAAAAAUUAAGGAGGAUUGUUAUUGUGUAUGGUAUAUUGCCAGUAAGAGCAACAGAAAGGAAGCAGUAAUAAUAAUGGUUCGCAGUGCAGAAUUAGCUGAAAAUGUAAUCAAAGUAGAAGAGGUUAAACAGGAAACCAGUGUUUCUGAAAGGGAUCAAAUGGGACAUUUCACCACAAGUUCUCUGUCCUCUUUACAAUCAGUUAAACAGGAAUCCAAUGAUUAUGAAAAGGAUCAAGUUGGACAUGUCACCACAAGUUCUCUGUCCUCUUUACAGUCAGUUAAACAGGAAUCCAAUGAUUAUGAAAAGGAUCAAGUUGGACAUGUCACCACAAGUUCUCUGUCCUCUUUACAGUCAGAAGGAGACAAACCCCGCUCUUUGAAGAGAGACGUGAAGCAAGAAAGAAAAGAGGAAUUGGUAUGUGCUGAUGACCAGCAACAGCAGCAGCAAGAGAGGGUGGAAAUUCCUCUACAGAUUUCACAAAAAAAUCCUAAAAAGAGGAAACAAAAUCCUUCAGUUCAAGGUGCAGGAGUUAAGAAGCCUACUACUCAAGGAACAUUGCAGGACUUUGAAGAAAGCCUGCAGAAGGUGAGGGAAGCACAUAAGAAGUUAAUGGAAUGUUUCAAGAAAGGGGAGGAGUUGUUUGCGAGACAAAAUGAAUUGCGUUGUGAAAGGCUUCAUACAUUCUGUCAGUACUGUCAGAACAGUCAGUACAUGGGAGAAUUAAAUUAUGUCCCAAACCCAAAUGAUAUGGAAAUUGUAAUUCGAUUCUGAGCAAUUCUUCUCAAGUUUUUGUAUAUGUUCUCCUACUAUAUAGCAGAGCGUGUGAUACUAUUACCUCGAGUUGCUUUGAAAUCAAUUAGCAGGAUCUGUUGUGUCUCUUCUUUUUUACUGUUAAUAUUAGGUUUGUAAUGAUGCCCACAGUAGUGCUUCUAUAUUGAUCAAAUGUUUCAGUUUAACAGAAAAGUUGAUUUAUUUGAAUAACGGAAAUAAAACAAAUGAAAAGUAUAGGUAGUCCUAUCCACAUGGAUAAGACUAUCUUUGCAUUUUUGUCUGAAUUUUUUUUGUAAGUUUGAUGUAAUUUUCUUUCUCAGAUCUUUAACUUACUACUGUUGAUAAAGUUCCUCCUCUUGUAACAAAACUUAGCAAUUCCUUCCCUUCGAACAAUAAAAAUGGUAAUUUUUCUUCUGGACCAUUUUUUUUGUUAUGUCCAAGAUUACACAAUCUAAAAGAGAUUUAGUAUUUACUGUUCCAUGAAAUUCAAUUUUAAUCCUUUAUUUUUGUGAGUUACUCAAUUGGAAUAUUGAUGUUAUAUUAAAAACUUUGCUUAUGUAUUUUUUAAACUAUGUAUUUCAAUAAUGUAGUACAUAUUUAAUGUUUGUUAUGCUGUUUUAAAGCAAAAAAAUUGUAAAUACAUUUAGAUGAGGGAUCCCUAACCUCAUUGUAGUUUCUUAUGUUUCCCUGACAUUCUUAAACUAUUGCUGAGUUGGUCCCUUAUAUAUGUUAAAGAUAUAAUCAUGAAAUAGAGUCCAGGUCAAGGCAAAAUUAUUCAGUAAUGAGUCAAUUAUCGGAUUAUCCAGAAAAUAAAAUUCAGAUUUAUGUGAAAAAUACCAGCAGUGAUAAGAUUUCUAUGGAAUUACUGAAGCUAUAUACAUAUACUUAAAAUGAUAAGUAGUCAAAUAUGAAUGGUUUAGUUUUAAAAACUUCUUUGCAUGCAAUUCAAAGAACAUACUUGGUAAACGUAAAUAUGGUUUCUGAUUAAACAGCAGUACUUUGGCACAAAAUACCUUUGACAAUUCCAGUCCUCAAUCACUAAAUUUCAUGUAGAUUGUGUAAUCUUGCUUGUUAUAAAACAAUGGUGCAGAAGAAAAAUACAUCAAUUUUAAAUGCAAGCAAUAGAUGGAUUUUGAUUAUUUUCAGGGAAGGAAUUGCAGAGUUUUGUCGUCCAAAUAUCAGUUAGUUUUUUUACAGGAGAUAAGUAUGAUAAAUGCUUUGGUCCUCUGAAUGAAUAGGGAUGUGUUGUAUUGACUGCUUCCAACUUCAUUAUGAAGGUCUUUUAACAUUAUUCAUUGUAGUAGCAGAAAGAGUAAUGAUGGAUGAGUAUAUCUUAUUUUCUCAAGAAAUGGUCAUGUGCUCUGUACCUCCAAAGAACAAACUUUUACCAAUUAUUCUUCAGGCUAAAUAGUAAGUGUAAAAAUACUUUUGUCAGCCUUUUCAAUUCUCAAACAAGUUCUUAAUUUCGAAUGCAUGAAUCCAAAAAUAGAAAAAGAAAAAAACACUACUGGUUAAUGAUGCAAAUGCUAUUAAAUGUUGCAUUAUUAACAGGUUUUCCUGCUUGGAAACAAUGUUUUUCAUUUCUUGUAUGAUUAUCUACCAUUGUACUGCAGUCAAUAAGUGAAAAUAUUACAUGCAAUAAUUGCAUUAAUUUUACUUCCAUCAUGGUGUCAGUGAAGUGGUAUUCUUUUAAUUGAUAAAUAUUGAUGUCUGCCAUUAGUUUUAUUUGAAUAUUGCUGUAUUUGUCUUUUAAAAA